CUCUUCGCCUUCAUCACAAUUAUCUCUUUCAUCGGCACCACCGCUGAAGACGCUUCCACCAAGCCCAAAUAUUUCUCAACUAGAGAAUUUUGCUCUGAGCGCCAUGGCACCAAGCAUGGCAGUUGUAUUUACUUUACCGUUUGACACCGUUAAAGUCAGAAUGCAACUUCAAGGUGAAGUCAGAAUUAUGAAGGAUUCGACGGGCAAGACAAUUCGAGUUGUUGCUGAAAAGAAUAGUUUUGAUUGUUUAAGAAAAACCUACAAAUUCGAAGGCUUAAGAGGUCUGGAAAAGGGACUUGUUCCUUCCAUAUUAAAAGAAAGCUCCAAAAAUGUCUUUCGCUUGGGACUUUAUGAUCCAAUUCUCUCAGUGAUUCAUCCAACUGAUGAUUAUACCUCAUCGUCAUCCGCUCCUGCCUGGAAACGAAUGUUUGCGGGAGGCUUAUGUGGUGCCUUAGGAGCGGUAUCAGCCAAUCCCUUUGAAUUGGUAAAAACUCGAUUACAAAGCUCUGCAGCAGAUGCCAUUGCGGUUGGAAACCAAUAUGGUUAUACAUCAGUGACUUCAGCACUGCGACGUAUUAUGUUUGAGGAAGGUGGCAUAAAAGGACUUUAUCGUGGAUCAAUGAUAUCUGUUGGACGGGGGAUACUGGGAAGUGCAGCAAAUUUAUCAUCCUAUACUAUGUUAAAGGAUUACGCUAAACGUGAAGGGUAUUCUGACGGCAUUCCGCUUGACAUGGC